AUGAAGCUCCUUGCAGUCACCUGUCUGGCCACCAGCGUCGCCGCCGGCGUCGCCCAGCCCGCCGGCUACCUUGCCGGGCGUGACAUCAAGGCAAUCGCCGGUGUCAUGAACGACGUCGGCAGGGUGGUCGACGACCUCGACGCCCAGAUCCGAGCCUACACCAACAGCACCACGGCGGUCGAGGAGGCCGCCCAGGCCGUCAUACAGACGCUGCAGAAGGGAAGGGCGACCGUCGACGCCCAGCCCGGCCUGGCCCUGCACGACGCCAUGGGCCUCCGGGCCCCCGUCAAGGACCUCGACUUCAAGGGCAGGAGGCUGCUCGCCGACUGCAAGGCCAGGAAGGCCGACGUCGAAAACGGCGGCCACUGCCCUCUCGUCCGCAAAAUAACCGCCGACAUCAACGUCCACAGCAAGGCUCUCAUCGACUGCACGAUUUCCAAGGUCCCCGCCGUCGCUCGAAACGUUGCACGGAGCGUCGCCAAGAGCCUCAUCAAGGCGCUGGAGGAGGGCCAGAGCGAGUUUGAUCAGCAACACUGCCUCGACAAGGUCCCCACGGCUCCUGCCGCAAUCGCCGAGUAG